UAGAGAAAAAAACAUUGUGAGUUGUAAAAAAAAUACAUAGUAAGUUUAUGGUUGGUUGUUGAGAUAUUGCUACAAGGUUCCUGUAGAGUGAUUUAAUAACAUUUCAUUAAUUUCUUAACAUGUAUACAAUAGUUAAAAAACAAAAACAAACAAACAAUUAAACAAACAAACAAAAACGACUAAAACCCCCCCAAAUCAAACAACAAUCCAACAUACACUUUAAAACACGAAAAUAAAGCAAAAAAAUAUAUUGGUUGAAAUGACAGAAAUGUGUACACAAUUUGAAAAGUAAAGGAAUCUUUCUUUAUAAAUAGGUUACACAAAUUUAAAAAAGAAAUUUAUGGCAUAUUUACAACAAUUACUGCCUACGUUUAUUUUAAACUCUUCUGGUGUAUAUAAGUUAGAAAUGACUGUACUGAGACGUUUAUUAUUUUGUUUGUUUUAUUUAUUCUGGCAGCUUGGGUCCUCCACACAGAGCGACCUGUCAGCCAUACUGACGUUUACAAGGCUAACCUGAGCUACCUUAGGGAGCUCACAGCGGGUAUCUGUGCGCCUUUUUUUCAGCGCUACAAUGCCUCUCGCCACUCAGUCGCAGGGUGAUGACGAACAGUACGUUUUAGUGGCGAGUUUGGACAAUGCUCGCAAUCUCUCCAACAUCCUGAAAGCAAUCACCUUCAAAGAUCACGCCAUCUUCACAGCUACAACCAAUGGCCUUAAGGUCACAGUGGAGGACUCGAAAUGUCUGCAGGCCAAUGCCUUCAUCCAGGCUGAGAUCUUCCAAGAGUUCACCAUAAGAGAAGAUCUGGUGGCUUUUCAGAUCAACCUCACUGUUCUCCUCGAUUGCCUCAAUAUAUUUGGUGGAACCACAACACCAGGUGUAUCAACAGCCUUGCGGAUGUGCUACAGGGGGUAUGGGUACCCUCUGACGUUGUUCCUGGAGGAAGGUGGUGUAGUGACCGUGUGCAAGAUUAACACACAAGAACCAGAAGAACCGAUUGACUUUGAGUUCUGCAGCACUAAUGUCACGAACAAGGUGAUCUUGCAGUCAGAGAGUUUGAAGGAAGCCUUCUCUGAACUGGACAUGACAAGUGAAGUGCUACAGAUUACCAUGUCCCCCAGCCAACCAUACUUCAGGUUGUCAACAUUUGGGAAUGCUGGAAAUGCUCAUUAUGAUUACUCCAAAGACUCGGACAUGAUGGAGCUGUUUAAGUGCACCGAGACACAAACGAACAGAUACAAGAUGUCCCUCCUGAAGCCGUCCACCAAAGCCUUGGCUUUGUCCUGUAAAGUCUCCGUCAGGACAGACAACCGGGGCUUCCUCUCUCUGCAGUACCUGGUCAGGAACGACGACGGACAGAUCUGCUUCGUAGAAUAUUACUGCUGUCCCGAUGAGGAGGUAGAAGAGAACUGAGAACACCGGAUUCAAAUCUGACUUGUAAUAAGUACCUUAACUACACACCGGAGUCCAGUUUGCCAGAGGAGGCAGGUAUGGAGAAAAUGCUGGACUUGUAAUGGGCACAGUGGUGAAAACAGAAAAUGAACUGAUUCAUCAUUUGCCAGAUUUGAGAGAAACAGAUGUUGUGCUUGUGAUUUGCUGGUGUUCUUAUGCUCUCUAUGAUUACGCCACACGUCAUAAUCGUAGGUCUGUGUGCUGCAGGAGUAUACAUGUUCGAUGUGUGUUCAAGUACUGUAUUGAUUCCUAUGGAGACUCAGCUGUUUUCAGUCAUAAGUCUCACAAUUUGUGAAUGUUACUCCUGAAUUUGAGUCUACUUGUUAAAUGCAGUUCUCUUUAUAUUUGCAUAUCAGAGCUCGUCUUUUGACAUAUGCCUCCAGAUGGUUGCAGCCUGUAAAACAGGACACAUUAGACCCAGCUCACUGAUCUAAAACAACUAGACAGUGAUCUAAAACAACACCUAUUCUACCUACUUUGAAUAGGUGUGAUUUCUCUUAAGCUGUGGACACACUUCCUACAAGUCUAUGCUGAAACUAUUCCAAAAGCCUUUUAUGGAGUAUACAUCACAGGAUACAGAGAUCAAGUUGGUAUUUUAUUUCUGUGACAUAGAAAAGAGCUUUUACUCCAACUCAAUAAACAUUACAUCCAAAAAAAACCCUUGUUUAUCAGAAAAAGAAGAAGAAGAAAGGAGUUCAUAAACUGGGGCAACAAAACA